AUGAUGAUGAAGCAAUCCGCCCUCGCCGUCCUCGCCGCCCACCUCGUGGGUCUGGCAGCCGCCGGAACCAAGGUCUGGGAUGGCAGCUUCGACGACCUGACCGUCGCCGACCUGGCCGACUGGUCCUGGUCCAACCAGGCCGGCCCCUACCAGUGGUACAUCCACGGUGACGCAGACACCUCCAAGUACCUCGACUUCUCGGCCGACGCCGCCGGGCCGGGCGCCACCAAGGGCGCAAAGGUCACCCUCGACAGCACCGCCUACUGGAACGGCCAGAACAUGCGCCGCACCGAGCUGAUCCCCUCGGUCACGGACACCAGCUCCAUCACCUCGGGCACGCUGUACUACCACUUCUCGCUCAAGCGCGCCGAGACCAACGCCCCCUCGGUCGACCGCGAGCACCAGAUCGCCUUCUUCGAGUCGCACUUCACCGAGCUCAAGUACGGCGGCUCGUCCGCCGACAAGCUGCAGUGGUUCGCCAGCUCGUCGAGCCAGUGGGAGACGGCCUUCGAGGCCGGCGUGUGGCACAACUUUGCCUACGAGAUCGACUUCGACGCCAGCACCGUCGGCCUCUGGCACUCGACCGGCUCCGACGCCCUCGCCCAGGCCGUCGAGCCCGUCAAGGCCAGCGUCAGCUCCAACGGCGCCGACUGGCACGUCGGCGUGCUCGAGCUCCAGGGCUCCGGCACCGAGGACGCCACCGAGGACCUCUUCUACUCGGGCGUCUACAUCGAGAGCGGCGACCUGACCACCGCCUUCUCGAGCGCCGGCUCCUCGUCCGGCUCCGGCUCCGGCGCUGCUAGCUCUGCUGCGGCGGCCCCUUCGUCCGCUGCCGCUUCCUCCGCCCCGGCUAGCUCCUCCGCCGCCGCCGCUGCUGCCACCACCGAGGCUGCCGUGCCCACGGCCGCGGCCCCUGCCACCACCGCUCUGGCUUCCAGCUCCAGCAAGUCGUGCGUCAAGAGGACCAAGACUGUCUACGUCACCCAGUCCGCUUAA